AUGUUUGCAGGUAUCUUGAGCCUGGUUGGCGUCAACGGAUAUCCGUUGGAACCACACGGCCACAACAUGAGCCAAGAUGCCGUUGGCAAAUUCAUCUCUGAGGCCAAAAAUGGUGUCCCUGCUGCGCCUCAUUUUGUCAUUUACAGCGAUGCUCCUGUUUCUGGAGAGACUGGGCCUCCACCAGUUUCUCAAAUCCAAGGGUUCAACGUUUUCGCUCUAUCGUUCCUUCUGACCAAUGGUGCCUUUGAUAAAGCUUUGGAAUGGACGAAAUUAAGUGACUCUCAAAGGACAACUAUCAAAUCACAGUAUGCAGCAGCGGGAAUCAAGCUUAUUGUUUCUGUGUUUGGGUCAACAGACGCCCCUACGACCAAAGGUGCCGAUCCUGUUGCUACUGCAAACACUAUGGCUGCUUGGGUGAAAAAAUACCAGCUUGAUGGUGUUGACGUGGAUUAUGAAGAUUUUGAUGCCAUUAAUGCAGGCAAUGGGAAAGGAGAACUGUUGCACCAUGGUAAAUAUUAUGAACUUCCCGGCAUCAAUUCUUACAAUGAAUACCAACAGGUUCUCUCCUGGAAAGUUUGGAGGAGGCGCCUAUCUGAAAAGGGAUCAUCAGAGUACACGACAUGUACCGGCCUCCUUACCGCCUCUUCCAGUACUUGGCCUCAAUCGUCUUUGUUCCAAAUUUCUGCAAACGGCGUUCCACUCUCCAAACUGGUCAUCGGAAAGCCAGCCCUGACAUCUGACGCCAGCAAUGGUUUCAUGUCUACUUCAACACUGGCAUCAUGUGUUUCGCAGGCAAAGGCCAAAGGUUGGAGCGCUGGAGUCAUGGUCUGGGAGUUCCCUGAUGCUGCUGCAUCUUGGAUCAAUGCGGUUCGUGCUCAAGCAUUCCCAGAAUAG